UCGAAAAUGGAGUCUGUUUAAGCCGUAAGCGAUUUUUAAAGGAAGUUUUAUUUCAAUAAAAUCAAUUAAAUAACUUUAGAUAGAGAAAGAAUAAAGUCUUGUGGGGUUGAAUAAGCACGCGUGUAUUGUAUACAUGAUAGUAUUGUAAAGAUGCCAGCGAAAACGUGGAGUCCCGAGUUGUGGAAGAGUUGGGAUAAACAAGGAAAAAAUGAAUUCAUCAAAAUAAUCAAACUGAAACACAAGGAAGGAGAACCUGCAGAAUGGAGACGUGGAUUAUACGAACUGAUCUUGAGUGGGAUCCAUGGAACUGUGAAAAGGGAUAAUGUAGUUACAACUUUAGGUGAACUUGUGACUAUAGAUGGAUCAAUACCUUCUGCUAUUGUGGAUCUCUUUACAUUUGUUGAUGCAGAAGUCCAAGGUGAAAAUAGAAGUAAUUUUUACUACAUUGUAAAAGAAUGCGAAAAGUUUCUUACAGAUAGACUAUUAAAAGAACGUCUUGAUAUUGAUACUCUACAAGAAGUGGGAACAUUAAGAAAUUUAAACUUUCAAACUAAGUUUAUCAAAGUGAAAACAAAACUUUAUUACAAACAGAAAAAAUUCAAUCUUUUUAGAGAAGAAAGUGAAGGUUAUUCUAAGUUAAUUGUAGAAUUAAGUCAGGAACGCUCAGAAACAGAAGUAGAAUCAGUUUUAGAAAUAGUCAAAUCUCUUAUUGGAUAUUUUAACCUUGAUCCAAACCGAGUUCUUGAUAUAUUACUUGAAGUUUUUGAAAAUAGACCGCACAAUGCUGCAGUGUUUAUACCUCUAAUUCGAUCUUACAUGAGUGAUAGACAAGUUUUAUGUGAAGUAUUAGGUUUUAAGUAUUGUUGUGCAGUUAAUGCCACCCCCUUUUCUUUGCAAAAAGUCACUGCAUUAAUGCUACAGCAUGAAGUUAUUAGUCUAGAUGAUAUAUUACCUUGGCUUGUUCCUGAUGAUAAGAUUAUUAUCAGAGAUUAUGAUAAUGAGAUGAAACUAGCAAAGGAAUAUGUCAGAAAGAUGAAUGUAAUUUCGACAAAAGAUAAAGAAGAGGAAAAGGAAGAGAAAGAAACAGUUGUGGAUAAGUACUCAGGUAACCAGAAAUUCGGGCUGUGCGAGGCUCUUUUGGAAGUCGGAGCAUGGGACGUUGCUUCAUCUCUAUUCUCUCGCUUUCCUGAUUUUUCUUUAACUGAUCAAAAGCCAAUAGCAUUGGCACUUUGCAGAAUCAUUCAUGCCCUUGUUGAGCCAGUAUACAGAAAACAUUGCAUAAUAUCGCCCAGGUUGCCAGGACGAAAGAUCCCCCCUCUAACAAGUCCCUUAGCACCCAAAGCAUUAAAUCAAUUAGGAGACAUACAUGACCGUCUAGUACCGAUGUUGAUAGCACUAGGUCCUAAUCUACAUUAUGAUCCUGUGUUAAUGUACAAAAUAAUGCGAUUAUGUCAUAGUGCGAUAAAACAAUGUAGUUUGGAUGCCAAUAAGCUUCCCGUUAGUAAAGAUGCAACGCUUUAUUGCGAUGUCUUAACUAUCUUAGACGUUGCUCUCCUUCCAUCGUUAUCCUUUAUGGACUGUAACUGCUGUGUAGCUGAAGAAAUUUGGAACAUCCUCAAGUAUUAUCCUUACCAAAACCGGUAUGCACUUUACGCAAGGUGGAAGAACGAUACACCAAAUCAGCAUGCUGCUUUGCUAAAGAAACGUGCCGAUGCACAAAAGAAAAUUAAGAACGUGAUAAAAAGGGUCAGCAAAGAAACUAUCAAGCCUGUCGGUAGAUCCAUAGGGAAAUUGACGCAUUCAUCGCCAGGAAUACUUUUUGACUACGUCAUUGUUCAAAUUCAGCUUUACGAUAACUUAAUUGGUCCAGUAGUUGAUUCUAUGAAAUAUUUAACAAACGUAUCGUACGAUGUUUUGGGAUACUGUCUAAUUGAAGCGUUAGCAGGAGCUGAAAGAAAUCGUUUCAAACACGAUGGAACGAGUAUAUCACUUUGGCUACAAUCACUUGCUUCUUUUUGUGGAGCUAUUUUUAAGAAAUACAAUAUUGAAUUGACUGGAUUACUACAGUACGUGGCCAAUAUGUUGAAAGCACAAAAGAGUUUGGAUCUUUUGAUUUUAAAAGAAAUUGUACAAAAAAUGGCUGGCAUUGAAGCAUCAGAAGAAUUGACAGCUGAUCAGUUAGAUGCUAUGGCUGGUGGCGAUCUUUUAAGAAUCGAGGCUGGAUAUUUUAGUCAAGUACGAAAUACCAAAAAAUCAUCACAAAGGUUGAAAGAAGCUUUAUCUGAGCAUAAUCUCGCGGUAGCACUUUGUCUUCUAAUGGCUCAGCAAAAACAUUGCGUAGUUUACCGAGAAACAGAACAGUCUCACUUAAAAUUAGUAGGAAAGCUAUAUGAUCAAUGCCAUGACGCUUUAGUACAAUUUGGUACAUUCUUAGGUCAGACUAUGACAGUCGAUGAAUAUGUUGAGCGAUUACCAUCUAUUCAUUCCAUGUUGCAAGAUUACCAUAUUCACUCGGAUGUUGCCUUUUUCUUGGCAAGACCAAUGUUUUCUCAUGCUAUAAACAUAAAAUAUGACUCGCUUCGAAAAGCGGAUCCAAAUUAUAAGAAAAUGUCGUCGGCGACAAAGCAAGCUAAGUAUGCAGAAGCAGCUCAAGCAGUUAUGGCACCUAUUGCUUCAUCAGUACGACCUUUACAAUCUCUUAAAGUUUGGGAGGACAUUUCCCCACAAUUUUUAGUGACAUUCUGGUCACUAUCGAUGUACGACUUAUAUGUACCUACUGAAAGUUAUCAACGCGAAGUUAACAAAUUAAAACAACUCGCUGCACAAGCUGCUGACUCCAAAGAUUUGACUGCAAGCAAAGGUAAAAAGGAACAAGAAAGGUAUCAGACGCUGAUAGACAAAUUACAAGAUGAGAAGAAAAAGCAAGAAGAACAUGUAGAAAAAGUUCAUGCCUAUCUCAGGCAGGAAAAGGAUACUUGGUUUUUAUCAAGAAGUGCCAAAUCUGCAAAGAACGAAACUAUCACACAGUUUCUCCAACUAUGCUUGUUUCCACGAUGUACUUUUACCACAGUUGAUUCUAUGUACUGCGCCAAAUUUGUACAUACAAUCCACUCUUUAAAGACAGCCAAUUUUUCCACUCUUCUAUGCUAUGACAGACUUUUCUGUGAUAUUACUUACUCUGUAACAUCGUGUACCGAGAAUGAAGCACACCGUUAUGGCAGAUUUUUAUGUGCCAUGCUUGAAACUGUAAUGAGAUGGCACUCGGAAAAAGCUAUCUUUGACAAAGAGUGUAGUAAUUAUCCUGGUUUUGUCACCAAAUUCCGAGUUAGUAAUCAAUGUUCUGAAGCCAGCGACAUGGUCGGAUUUGAAAACUACCGACACGUCUGUCACAAAUGGCAUUAUAAAAUUACAAAAGCAAUAGUAGUUUGUCUUGACUCCAAAGAUUACGUACAAAUACGAAAUUCUUUGAUUAUAUUAAUUAAAAUUCUGCCUCACUUCCCUGUUCUGGCCAAACUUUCGCAAAUCCUUGAACGUAAAGUUGAAAAAGUACGUGACGAAGAACGCAAUAAAAGACAAGAUCUUCACGUUUUGGCUACUUCUUAUUGUGGACAGCUGAAGGCCAGAGCUCCACACAUGAUUCGUGAAUCUGAUUUCCACCAAGUUGCAAAUAAGGGAGGAGAAGCUAAAGCACAGGAGAAUGCAGAAACUGAACCAGCCAACUCAAUAAAAUUAAGUAAUGGGGUAUCUACCAAAGAACUUAAUAACGGUGAUAGCCGUCCCGAAAAAGAUAUUAAAGAACAGCGUGAAAAACGCGCUGCUGCUUCUAAUCAAACCCAUCAUGAAACUUCCGAUAAAGGGAGGAAAAGAGAGCAAAGUAGAGAAGCUUCAGAGUCUAGAGAUAAAUAUUCGAAGAAAGAUGACUAUAAAGAAGAGGAAUCUGACAAAAAAGAUAAAAAGUAUUAUAAGGAGGAUCAUUACUAUACUGGACCGACUGACAAUUUUGAUCGUGACCUUUCGAGUGUAUCAAAUAGUAGUACAAGCUCAGGUCCCAUGGCAGAUGGACUUGAUCGAGAUACCAAACGAAGGAAGAUGGAAAACCCUCCGAAGGAAACAAGGCGUACUGAAGCUGUUAUAGAAAAGAAGGAGCGCGCUUCAACCAAAACAAAAGCACGAGAAGAACAAAAGGAAUUGCGAAGAGAAAAGAAACUUGGCAGAAAGAGAGACCGAGGCGAUGAGCCAUCAACGUCAGGAGAACAGAAAAGAAGAAAAGACGAAGACCGGGCAAAAGGUACCCAUCAAAACGGAGAUAUUGGCGAACAUAGAGAUAAACAUCACUAUACUAAGGAAAAAUCGCCGUAUCAAAAGGACCGAACUCAUGACCGGGACGGACGCGAAACCCGUGAUAAACAUAGGAGAAGCUCUGACCCAAAACGAAGAUGAUGUAAAGAGGAUGCAGCUUGACUUACAUUUUAUAUUGCUAUGAUUGAAUGUUGUAUGUAAUGAACUUAGAAACCAACAAGUAAUAAAAAUGAAAAUAGUGAUCAAUUUGUAUAUUACGUUUACGCCCAAUUUUAUAUAAUAAAACAUAUUU